AAAGAAAUGACCCGUCUGCAGGAAGCGGUGGAGCAGAAGCUUCAACGGGCAAAUCAGGCUGCCGAAGCGCAAGAGCAACGUGCGAAGGAACUCGAAAAACAGAUGGCUGCUGCUCGCAACGCCGCUGAGGAGCACGAGAAGAAGUUGGUUGCGGAACUGCACGAGCAGCACCGCAAAGCCGAGGCCGAACACGAACAUGCGAUGCUGAUGGAGCAGGCGGAGCAUUUGCAGCAAAAGCAUGACAUGGAGCUGGCGCGACAGAAGGAGGCCCUCGACCACGAGAUGGAACGGCAGAGACAAGCGUUGCAGGAUAGGCUCGAGGCGGAGCAUGAGGCGAUGUCCCGCGACCACGAGGCUGAGGAAAAGCAGAUCGCUGUCGCUGAAAAGGCAGCUCUAGCUCAGGAGCACCACGCACGGGAGCUCGAAGCCUAUCUAGAGGAACAAAAGGAGGAGCACGAUCGCGAGACUGCGCGACUGGCAGAAGAGCACGCGAUCAUGAUGAAGCUGCAGGAGGAACGCGCGCUACAGGUGGAGCGUGAGCUCGAAAACACUUUGGAGGAAGAGCGCGAACAGCGCAAGAAAGACUUAGAGCAUGAGCUUUCCACUCAAAAGGCGGAGCUCGAUGAGCAAUUGCGCCAACAGCAGCUGCAAGCGGAGGCCCGGCUGAAGGCAGCGGAGGAGGCGCGAAAGCGCGAGCACGAGGAAGAUUUGAAGCAGCGCGAAAACGAG